GAGGAUCGGGCGGCGCGGCGGGUUCGGUCACCUAUGAGCCACAACAACAAGAGGUCGGCGAUGUAAACAAACUGUCGUGUCUUGGAUUUAUCCGCUAAACACUCGAGGCAGUUGUACUUGUCUACUAAUUAUCUACCUGUCGCCGUGAGGAAGAAAAUCAACAUUCACCAUGACGGACCCAGACAGGAAUCCAUUGAAGAAACAGUUAUCAAAGACAUCCCUAGAGAAGAGUCUGCAGAUGAUCUCUUCUCCACAGCAAGCACCCAUCACCAUAUAUCCUGGUCCUAGGGCUGGCAUGGCCACCAUGUCUAAAGCUGAUCUGGAAAUUGCUCAACGUUUGGAAAACUUGCGGAAAUCUCACAUUGAUGAGUUACCAACUGAGGAAGAGAUGGCUUCCAGACUUGCUCAUCUCAAAGGCCUUCCUUCAGACCACUUCAAGAAGCCUUCCAUUGUGCACCAGCCACCUGACACCAGAACUGACGGCCAGAAGGCUGAUGAUCUAAUUUCUCGGGCUAUGGGCGAAGUGGCCUUAGAUGAGAAGAUGGCUAAGGCUGAUGAUGAGCUGGAGACUCGACUUGCUCGCCUCAGGGGUGAGGAAGCCCAGGCCCGGGGUGCCAUUGCCAGACCUCCUGCUGCCUUCCCUUUGUCACCCAAUGCCAGAGCUGAUGACACCUUAGGGGAAGAUCUAGAUGAUAUGAGUAUGGAUGAGGUAGAAGCUCUGAUGAAAGCUGCUGAGAAAGAGGCCAGUGCUGGUGGCAAGGCCUUGGGAGAGCUACAAGCUGACCCUGAGGUAGCAGGAGCGAUGGCACAGGCAACAAAGAGGAAAGAGAAGGGACGGCAGAAGUCCAGGUCAUCCAAGGGGAAGAAGGGUGAGUCAUCCGAUGAGGAGCGGCACAGCAAAAGUUAUGACAGUGAUAUAGAUUUAGAAAUAGAAGGAGGAAAGGCUAUUGAUGCUGUGACAGAACAAGAAGAGGUGCAGAGGAUCAUUGACAUGUAUACCAAGAGGGCACAGCUCAAGAAAGAGAAGAAGAGGAAAAAGAAAGAAGCGGCCGCAGCAGCAGCAGCCCAAGGGGGUGCUGCGGCAGCUGUAGGGGGAGAUGACUCUGAUUCUGACAUUGAAGUUGGUUCAGAGUCGGACCUGACCUCAGAGAGUGAAAAGUUUAGCAUGAGUGAUGAAGAUGAACUCAGUGAAUGAGAGAUUGGUGAAUCUUUCUGAACAGGUAUAGUAUAUAUAUGAGUUUUAAGCUUUUCAAACUUUGUGCUGGGAAGCUUCGCUGAUGUGUGCAGUAAAGAUUGACAUGUGAAGGAUUGCAUCAAGAAACCGAUUGUUGAAUUAUUUGUAAUUGUUAACUACAAGUGAAGGUUAAGUAAAUGAUAAUGGUAACAUGUAAGCAACUUUGUACACUUAUUUAUACAUGAUAUAGUUAUAUAUUUUUAUGUACCACUGUACUUUGCAAAUUUGUGUAUUGGUACUGUAUAAUGAAAGUAUUUUAUCCAUUGUAAUUACAUAUACACCAGUAUUUUAGUUGGCAUGCUACUUAAUAUAUUUUUCUAGCACUAUGAUAUUGUGUAUAUCUGAUCAAUUUAAGAUGUAAUUCUUGAGGACUUUUCAGCAAAAACAAAGGAAAUAGGAUAUUUGUGAUGCCGCUCAUUGACUAUUUCUCCAGGGACCGUCUUCCUGGUUUAGUACAUACUCACAUUAUUUUAUUCACAUUAUUUUAUUCAUUGUUUUGGUGUUUUCUGUCAAUAUAAUAUUAUGGACAUUUUAUUGGUUAUGAGAUAAAUGGUGUAUUCUGCAUUGCAGCUUGCCCCAAUGAAAUGGCUUUGAUUCAUGUAGAGUAAAUGAUUAUUUGUAACACAUUUGCAACAAUUAAUUAAGUAUAACAGAGUAUUAUAAUAUGAAAAAAAUUCUCUUAGGAUCUUGAUUCCAUCUCCAUGGACAUGUGAUAUAUGAGAUAUGAUUCUCGUGAAUGAGUGAUGUGUCGAACGGAACUGAAUAAAAUGGUGCUUUGUAGCUGUGGUGACCAGCCAGGUGAAUAGUCACCGUCAGCCACAAGCUACACGCCCUGCGCUGAGACGUGACUCAUCAUGUCCUGUUCAACUUGCUACUGUGCUUCACAGUUUUGCCAACAACACAUGCUUCUUGAAGUAUCUGCUAUAAUGUAUAAAGAUAAUGAGAAAUCACUACAACUUUGUAUAAAAGUGACAUUCUCUUGCUUAUCUGUGUAAGAACACAGCUGGUUUGAUUAAUUUGUGUCACUGUGUGUGGGCCCCCUCAAUGCUGAAGGCCAUCUUGCCAAUACUAUGCCUAAGUAAGCCUAAUGUUACCAUCAUGUUGCUGUGUCUUAUUGUGAAGCCAUUGGAGUAUAGGGCCAUAAGCACCUGACACCAUUUGUACAGCUUUUGUUGAAGUACUUUGAUGCAUGAUCAUGGUGUUCCUCUCUACCUCCAUCUUGUCACAGUCACGUUACUGCCACACCUUGUGCCUAAUGUUCAGUUGCCAGGUUCUUCGUUUCUUUGAUUUACCUAUUGUUGAUAGUUUAUACUUAAAUCUAAAAUGUAUUUUGAAAUGUGAACAAAGUGGAACAAAGUUUUAAUCCAAAGUAGAUAACAAUUCUGUACUACAAAUUGGUAACAUAUAUGGAGGAGCAGCCUGAUUACUAAACACAGAUAUCUCAUUGUAUUUUAAUGAUCCAAUGCUCAUCAUGCUAUGAGAUGCAUGUAUUCUCUUGAGAUGAAAAUGACAAAGUUUAUGCAUAAUAUUCUGCCUCUUUAAAAUGUAGGUUUUCCUAUUUCCUUUUUACAAAUGUACAUGCGGUGUGCUGUACAUGCAGUGUGCAUUGAGCUUAUUAAAAAGAGCUUGUAAUCAGCCUGUGCUUUCCUCAGCAUUUAUAACACAGGAACCACUGAGAGUGUAAUUAAUAAUGGAGAAUAAGUUUUUAGUUUUUCUUUAACAUAGUGGCCUUACAUGCUACUCAUGAAUCCUGUUCAGGUAUGAUAUUUUGUUUACAACUUCUCUCCAACAUGAAUAGCCAUUAUGCAGAUAGUACCUGGACAGCUUUGUUCAUCUUUGUUGGUAAUGUAAAUAUUUGUGAUCCAUGAUGUUUCAUAUUCUCUUGAUGAAAUGUGCAAUGCUCAGUUGUUUAUCAGAGGGAUACAUACUUGUUAUGGUUCUUAUCGCUUUUUGUUUAUUAGAUGAUAUAUUCUUUGUUGACCAUGCUGUCCCUCAUGUAAUUAUGCUGUAUUACAGAUUGUGUUAAAGAUUGUAGAAAGAUCAAGAAAUUUACAUAAAUAGACUGGAAAGUCAUGUUUGCACUAAAAAUAUGAAAUGUGCUAUACUAAUGCUAUAUGCAGUUUGAAAGGCAAUUGAAUUGGCUUAUAAUUAUGUAACUGUUAAAAUGUAAAGUUUGCCUAAUAGAGGUGUGGCAUUUUACAGUGUUCCAGUGUAUUUUGUGACAUCUUGGGACAGCUGCACAUGAACUAAGCACUGCACUGACAGACUUUGUAUGGCUUUUCCGCUGACUGUGUUCACAUGAAAACAGGUUAAUAGACAUACCAAAUAUGUUUCUCUAUUAUUGUUUCAAGUGUUGUGUUUCUAAUAAUGAAUAGUAUUUUAGUUAUAUACCUGAUUAUGCAUGUGAGGUUCCUUGGUCUGGAAGUUUCAUCAUGUAUGUGUGUAUAAUUUCAUUGAUGGGCAUGUAGAUGAAGGGAUUGCAACAAAUCAUGUACCAAAUGUGGAACUUAGAGAUAGACAGCUCAACAAUACUGACAUGUUGGGAAGGUGUUAUUGUUAAACACCUUGCAUUUGAAUGGUUUGCAAGUCACAAGGUCACUACAGCAGUCCACUUCAGUUUUUGACUUUUUGAUCUCUAAGAACAUUGUCUGAUGAUACUUGUUUGUAGUCAGCUGAAUAAUCAUAGUAUAUGAAAUACUUCCUUUGUGAUGUUUUGCAGAUUUGAAGUAUUUCUUUCCAGAGUUCUAAGAAUUUGAAUACUGAAAAGAGAGCAUGCUUCAAGAAUACACAGCAAAAGUCUAUGAAAUAUAUACACCAAAUAGCA